GUAUCCUAUCUAACAACCCUUCUCCUCUUUUCCUCUUCAUAAAAACAACAAAUCCUCAACAAUAAUCACAAAUGGCUAACUCAUGGUUUUCUACUUGUUUUUUCCUAAUCACAUUGCUUCACCAAUCCAAAUUUUCAAUUUGCCGGCGAGAACAAGUACCUACACCACCGUUGCCGGUUCUUCGCCUCCCCACUUACGCACAGCUGAAAUGGCAACAAAGAGAACUCAUCAUGUUCCUCCACUUCGGCGUCAACACAUUCACUGAUUCCGAACGGGGCAGUGGGAAAGAGAAUCCGGCUAUAUUCAACCCGGUUGGGCUCAAUGCUAACCAAUGGGUUAGCACAGCCGCGGAGGCCAGAAUUUCUCUGAUGAUCCUCACCGCAAAACAUCAUGAUGGAUUCUGCCUGUGGCCUUCUAAAUACACAAAACAUUCUGUGGCGGCCAGUCCGUGGAAGAACGGCCGCGGAGACGUCGUGCGGGGUUUGUUAAUGCGGUGAAGGCUCACAAUGGCAUCGAUGCGGGGUUGUAUUUAUCUCCAUGGGACCGCCAUGACCCCAGAUACGGAAAUAAUUUGAAGUAUAAUGAGUACUACUUGGCUCAAUUGCAAGAACUACUCCACAAUUAUGGGAAUGUGAGGGAGAUAUGGUUUGAUGGAGCAAAGGGCACAGAUGCACCAAACAUGACAUACUACUUUCGGAUUGGUUUGCCAUGGUUAAAGAGUUGCAGAGCUCAAUCAACAUAUUCUCAGACGCCGGCCCAGACGUGAGAUGGGUAGGGAACGAGAAGGGAUUCGCCAAUACCAGAUGCUGGUCCACCAUCAACAAGACGUCUCUCUCAAUUGGAAAUGCAAGCAUUGUUGGGUAAGAAAUGCAGAAACAUUUU